GAGGCAAUUUAGUGUCAUAAUUAGUUCCUCCUUUCUUCAUUCAGCCAUUUUCUUCAGAAGCAGACAGGUGCCACCUUCAUGACGAUCAGCAGUAAACUAUACUAUACCGAAAACAAAAACUGCAAGCAACUUGGAUUUUGCCGCAUAGUCGUUAUUAAACAGUCAGGUUUAUAGGCUCAUACCCAUUCCGGGGUGCUGUUUUAAGGAUGGCCGAUCUGAAAGGGUUCGUGUUAUCCUUUCUUUUUUGUCUUCUUUUACAAUGUGCUCCAUCUCUGCAAGCGGAGGCGAUGGUAUUUGUGGCUGACUAUUCAGGACAUGCAAUAUCCAUGGCCGACUUUUCCAGCGACAGUCUCGACUCUAUAACCUUCGAUGCUCUGCCCUUCAGUUCCGUCCGUUACCCGAUGGGCAUCGAUUACGAUCCCGAUACUCGCAUGGUGUACUGGACCGAAUAUUCAGGAUCAGGAUCCAUACGACGCGCGAAUAUCAAUGGCAGUAUGCAAAGCGUGAUCGUCGAUAGUACUAAUGCCAGAUACUCAAUGGACCUAGCGUUGGAUACGAGUCGUGGUAAAGUCUUUUGGACCGAUAAUAACCAAAACCGAAUCAUGUCGGCUAAUCUCAACGGAUCUUCCCAGCAAAUUAUCAUCAAUACCGACCUGUUUUAUCCAUGCGGGAUCAUUGUACACAAAGAAAAAGGAGUGAUGUUUUGGACAGACUAUUAUUACGAUCGAAUCGAGAGGGCCAAUCUUGAUGGCGGAGACAGAAACGUCAUUGUCAGUUCCGGCCUCUCGUAUCCCAGUGGGUUGGAAUUUAAUGCUAACGGUAAGGAUUAA